AUGUUCACAGGUCUCGUCGAGCACGUCGCUACCAUCACCCACAUCGAGCCCGCCUCGUCCACCACCGAGCACAUUAUCACGCUCGGCAACGCGGCCUCUAUCCUGGGCGACUGCAACAUUGGCGACUCGAUCGCGUGCAACGGCGCAUGCCUCACGGUCCUCUCGUUUGAUGCCGACUCGUUCAAGGUCGGCCUCGCGCCCGAGACGCUCACCAGGACAUACCUCGGCAACUUGCCCGUCGGCGCCGGCGUCAACUGCGAGCGCGCCAUGGCCGCACACACCCGGUUCGGCGGACACGUCGUGCAGGGCCACGUCGACGCCGUCGCCACCAUCAAGGAGGUCAAGCCCGACGGCGCCAGCCUGCGGUAUACCUUCCAGUUCCCCGAGUCGGCCGCCCACCAGAUGCCGUACAUCGUGGAAAAGGGCUUUGUGACCGUCGACGGCGCGAGCCUGACCAUCACCCAGGUCGACGACAGCGACCUGUCCUUUGGCAUCAUGCUCAUCGCCCACUCCCAGAGCAAGCUGACCUUGACCAACAAGAAGGUCGGCGACCCCGUCAACAUCGAGGUCGACUGCGUGGGCAAGUACAUUCUCGGCAGUGAGAGCCGCAUCGCCGGUCUCGUGGAGCGUGUCGUCGACCGCCGUCUUGCCGAGCUUGGCCUCCUCAAGAAGUAA